AGCCCCCGGCCCGCCCCGCAGGUUUUCCGCCGUGACGCUUACCUGGCCGAGGCGCGGCAGGACCUGCUGCGGGGCGUGGAGGAUUUCCUGGACGCCAGCAUCGUCCUGCCGCCCUYCGAGCCCCCGAGCGAGCAGCUCCUCCGCGCUCUGGUCCCGCUGCAGCGGGAGCUGCUCCGCCGGCGCUACCAACCCCUGGAGAAACUGCACAUCGAGGAUUUCCACAAAGAUCUGGGGCCGGGCGAGCCGGUGGCGGCGGACGAUGACGAUCCCCUGCGCAGGACGGGGCGGCCUUUCGGGGGGCUGGUGCGGGACAUCCGCCGCCGGUACCCCAAAUAUCUCAGCGACAUCAAGGACGCGCUGAACCCGCAGUGCCUCGCUGCCGUCAUCUUCAUCUACUUCGCGGCGCUGUCACCCGCCAUCACCUUCGGGGGCUUGCUGGGUGAGAAGACCAAGUUCUGCAGCAGCAACGGCCUGGAAUACAUCGUGGGCAGGGUGUGGAUCGGUUUCUGGCUGAUCCUGCUGGUGCUGGUGGUGGUGGCCUGCGAGGGCAGCUUCCUKGUGCGCUACCUGUCCCGCUACACCCAGGAGAUCUUCUCCUUCCUCAUCUCCCUCAUCUUCAUCUUCGAGACCUUCUCCAAGCUGGUCACGAUUUUCAAGGAUCACCCCCUGCAGCGGCGAUACGACGUGCAGGACGAGUUCCAGCCCGGCGUGGCAGAGCCCAACACGGCGCUGCUGUCCCUCGUCCUCAUGGCCGGCACCUUCUUCCUGGCCUUCUUCCUCCGCAAGUUUAAAAACAGCUCCUUCCUGCCCGGCAAGGUGCGGCGCUUGAUCGGGGAUUUCGGGGUGCCCAUUUCCAUCUUCAUCAUGGCRCUGGCUGAUUUCUUCAUCAACGACAAGUACACGCAGAAACUGAGCGUCCCCAAAGGGCUGCAGGUCACCAACGCGUCCGCCCGGGGCUGGUUUAUCCACCCCAUGGGAACGGGAGCCUCCUUCCCCAUCUGGAUGAUGUUCGCCUCCGUGAUCCCCGCCCUUCUGGUCUUCAUCCUCAUCUUCCUCGAGACGCAGAUCACCACCCUCAUYGUCAGCAAGCCCGAGAGGAAACUGGUGAAGGGCACGGGCUUCCACCUGGACCUGCUGCUGAUCGUGGCCAUGGGGGGGUUGGCAGCUCUUUUUGGGAUGCCCUGGCUCAGCGCCACCACCGUCCGCACCAUCACCCAYGCCAACGCCCUCACCGUCAUGAGCAAGACCUCGGCUCCCGGGGAGAAAUCCCAAAUCCUGGAGGUCAAGGAGCAGCGCAUCAGCGGCCUCUUGGUGGCCGUGCUCAUCGGCGUCUCCAUCCUCAUGGAGCCCAUCCUGAAGUUCAUCCCGCUGGCYGUGCUCUUUGGMAUCUUCCUCUACAUGGGGGUCACCUCUCUGUUYGGCAUCCAGCUCUUCGACCGCAUCCUGCUCCUGCUGAAGCCCCCCAAAUACCACCCCGAUGAGCCCUACGUCACCCGGGUGAAGACUUGGAGGAUGCACCUGUUCACCUUCACCCAGAUCAUCUUCCUGGUGGUGCUGUGGGUGGUGAAGUCCACGCCGGCCUCGCUGGCACUGCCCUUCGUCCUCAUCCUCACCGUGCCCCUGCGGCGUUUCCUGCUGCCCAGGAUCUUCCGGGACAUCGAGCUCAAAUGUCUGGACGCCGAUGACGCCGUGGUCACCUUUGAUGAGGCAGAAGGGACGGACGUGUACGAUGAGGUGCAGAUGCCCAGUUAAGGGCCGGCCCCUGCCCCCCAACAUCCCCCAGCCCCGCUUCCACCUCCUCCUGCCAUCCUGGGUGACCACCAAGAAGGAUUUGGGGACACAGUCCCCACCUGCCCACCCUGGGAAUGGAGCCUUUUUUGGUUUUCCCCUUUUUUUUUGCCUAUUUUAAAAAAAUAUUUUGCAUGAUGUGAUCUCACCCCCACUUUGCUGCCCGCUGGGGAAGGGGCUGGGGAGGGGUCCCACAAGCCACCCUGUGGCAAGGUGGGAUGUGUCACUGUCCUGUCCCCAAGGCCACCACCAGGCACUGAGUGUGACAAGGAGCUUGAGGAAGACUCUGGAGCCUGGAGGGAGGAGGAAGGCAGGAAYAGAGAUAGAUUUCCCUCCCCACUGCCCCAAGCCCAGCCCCUCUCCCCAAAUGAACUUUCAACCAGCUGGGACAGACCCUUCACCCCACAAAGCCUUUUUUUCCCAUUUUCUCCAUUUAUUGCUCCAUGGGAUCAUCCCAGCUGCACUCCCAGCAUGUCCCAAAGUCAGGGUGUAAAUAGUCCAGAGAGCGGGUUUAUACAUUUACAAUGAAAACAAUCAUGCUAAAAACACCAAAAAAAAAAUCCUUAUAACGAUGCUGAUGCUUCUGUAGGUAGAAUUCACUUAGAGCCAAGCAAAAAUUUAAAAAAAAGGCUGAAAAAGCACAUUAAAAUGAAAAAAAAAAAAAAGAGAGAGAAAAAAAAGUAGCUGCAAGGAGUGAUCUGUAUAUUUGAUGCUACUGGGGGGGUUUGUAAUUUAUUUUUCGGGCUGGUUGUGUCCCCAUCACAGUGGGGGCUAUGUGCGUGUGUGUAUAUACUAGAGAAUUAAAGCAAAAUCUAGAAUUUUCCAGAAGAUAUGAUUUUUAAGGAUCCUGGUCAGGGCCUAAACUCUAUGGACCAGUCUGGCAGUCGUCAUUUAACUGAUAAGUUAGCAUUAGUUAGUUAGUUAGUUAGUUAGUUAGUUAGUUAAUUAGUCCUCUUUAUUUUUAUAGUGUUUCAGGUAAAUCUGUGUAGUUUUUCUUUGAUUUUUUUUUUCCCUUCGCUUGCUCAUCAUUUUCCCCAUUUCCCUUGGGAUUGCUCCCAAUCCAGCUGAGCAUCCCCYUGCACCUUCCAGGGCUGAUUGUGCCCUGGGCAACUCCAAAAUUUGGAUGUCCCCAGGGUGCAGAGCCC